AUUUACAACAAAAUAAAAUUGUUCACAAAACAAAUAUUAAUUUAAAACUAAUAUUUUUUAUAACAGCAGUUUAAUGGUGUUCUUUUAAUUGAAUUCGCGUGCUGUGGCAUUAAAUUUUUAUGAAAUAUUGUUGCAAAUCUAGUAAAAAGAACGAAUAAGUGAUAAAAUAUUUAGUUGAAUUAAAUUGUUAAAAUUUGCAACGGGAUAUUACCAAAAAAAAUAACAUUUAAAUAUUUCAAUAAAUAAAAACAUAUUUUUUUACUAAAGGUAACUAACCAAAGGAAAGAAAAUAUUUGUUUAAUAAAUCUCAGAUCAAUUACUUUGGCCACAAUUUGCUAAAGUUUAUUUUUCUAUUGAUUUAUUGCAACAAUUGUCUGCUGGUUGCUAUUGUUAAUCAAUAGUGAUGGAUGCUGCUGCCAUUGAUCUUACAGACCGUGAGCUUGUCCCAUUGAAUGGCAAUGGACAUACAACAAAUGGCAAUGGACAUAAUACAACUUUAACAAAUGACACAAAAUCACCUAGUGUAGAGGAAGCCGGCGUGACGACUGUUAGUCAGUAUGAAUCAAGAGAACGUUUUAUCAUUACGAAGAAUGUCAUCAUCAUUGGACUGGCAUUUAUGAUACACUUCACUGCCUUCCAUGGCACCUCAAAUCUACAGAGCUCUGUCAAUUCGGAUAAAGCAUUGGGCACAACAACUUUAGCGGUCAUUUAUGGUUCAUUAAUAUUAUCGAAUAUUUUUCUGCCCAUGACAGUGAUAAGGUGGUUUGGCGUCAAAAUCACCAUGGCUCUGGCCUUCUUUGCCUAUAUGCCCUAUAUAGUGGCUCAAUUUUAUCCCCGCUUCAAAACCCUCAUACCUGCCGGUCUAAUGGUAGGUUUUGGUGGUGGUCCUCUAUGGUGUGCCAAAUGUACUUACCUUUCCACCGUCGCUGAAGCUUUGACACAAGUUCGAGGACAAAAAUCACAAAAAGAUGUCAAUACAGUGAAAUUCUUUGGUCUAUUCUUUAUUUUUUACCAAAUGGCCCAAGUAUGGGGUAAUUUGAUCUCAUCCUCUGUACUAUCUCUAGCUUCAGAUGAUGAAAGCGCUGGAAUUUCCAACAAUUCUUCUAAAGCUGCUGAUUUAGUUAGUGAGUUGUGUGGGGCACGCUUCUGUCCCAAUGUAAAGGCUGAGGUUAAUCCUAAUCUAAUACCCCCAGAACCUAGUAAGAUUCAGCUAUUGAAUUCCAUCUUUUUGGUGUGUAUGGCUGUAGCGGUGAUAUUGAUUGUUUUUGGUGUGGACUCUUUGACAAGAUACGGCAUGAAAAAAGGAAAUACUGGUGGUGAUACGGAAAUGUCAGGUUUAAAACUUAUAACCGCCACUUUGAAGAUGUUAAAGAAAAAGCGUCAGCUUUUAAUGCUGCCUAUUACAAUGUUUAUUGGUUUGGAGGAAGCCUUCUUGGCAGUGGAUUUUACUAAGUCCUUCGUUGCCUGUGGUUGGGGUAUUUCCAACAUUGGCUUCGCUAUGAUUUGUUUUGGUGUUGCCAAUGCUAUUGCUGCCGGUUUUGCGGGUGGUGUUGCUGAGAAAUUGGGUCGUGUUAAGUUGGCUGUGCUGUGUGCUUUAAUUAACUUAGCUCUCUUUGGCUACAUGUUUUUCUACGAAGCUAAACAGGGUGAUUUUAUCAAAUAUUGUGCUUUUGCUGCCAUCUGGGGUAUUUGUGAUGGUGUUUGGUUGGUGGUAAUCAACGCUUUCUAUGGAAUUUUAUUCCCCAAAAAUCUAAUAGCCGGCUAUAGCAAUUUUAGAUUGUGGGAAUCUACUGGCUCAGUUAUAGGUUACAUUAUCAGUUCUCAACUCUGCACCUCCACCAAAUUGCUGAUUUUAAUGACUGUUUUAUUAGUGGGUUGCACAGGUUAUGGUAUCAUUGAAUAUCGUGUUUGGAAAAAACAAAAGUAUACCGUUGUAAUGACUAUGGAAAAAAGUGAAUUGUAGUAUUGAAAUUACUUGAAAAAGAAUCUUAAAAAUUUAUUUUAUAAAAUAGAAAAUGUAUUGAUUUUUAUUAAGUUUAUAGUGUUACAAAUGAAAAUGAGAUUUUUAAAUUUUUUUUUUGUAUAAAAUUGUUGUUUUUCAUUUAAAAGGAAUUUUUAUUUUUCCUUAGUCAAAUAGAUUGUAGAUUUAUUGUCCACAAAUGGUAAAUGAAAACACUGGUUUUAUUAACUAUAUUA